AUUCCUAAUAUAAAUACAAGCAAAAAGAAGAAGUUUAACAAAAAACAAUUCUUUUUGUUGCAAGAUACUAUUAAGCUCAGUAAAAUUUUACAAAAUUUUAAAGAUACAAAUUGUUUGACAACUUCCAAUCAAAAAGAAGUUAAUGACACAAUUAAAAGAGUAAACGAAAGACAAGAGACAAGUAUUCCUUUAAUCAAAGAUGUGACAGAUACAGAAACAAUCAAUGAUAUUAAGGGCUGGUAG